AUGGUAAGAUCGUAUUCAAACUUGCAAAAAUUGAUUUGGAACAACGAUUCCAAACUCACAAAUUCUGCGAACAAAAAAUGUGGCAAUGAGAAGGAUUACUAUGAGAAGAGUGUUGAAAAAUGUCAACAACUCUGCAAAAAUAUUGAGGUUUGUUGAGAAUGAAUUUCUGAAAAUGAAAAUAUUUGAUUUUAGAAAGACUCGGAGACCAGAGGCAAGAAGCAGGGACAGAUUUUAUCGAAAUCGAAGGCUCAUCCAAGAUCAAGCUCCAAAAACAGAUCCGAAGAAUAA